AUAGCCCCCAUCCCCCCCCCAAGUAUCUUUGGCUGACCUUCUGCGCAGGAGUUGGGGGCGACUGAGCCUCUUCAUCUCUACACACCCCUCCCAGGCACCCAUGGAGUGAGUCAUGCUCUCUUCCUUUCUCACUUCAUUAUUCCAUCCCAUUCCAUUUCAUUCAUUUCUCUGUCUCUGGUUUCGUGCCGGGGAUGCCCUUGAAAUGGCGGAUGCUGCAGCCCGAGACACAGACCAGUCUUCGCCGUGUGUGUGGCUGAGACGUGUCUGCCCAAGGACUCCCAGGCUUCCGUUGUUCAUCUCUUUUUUCCCUCUUUGCGUUUGGCCCCCUCGUUCGACGGUUGCAGCUGCGAGGUGCCUGGUCUACUGUGCGUCAUUGCUACGCCGAUCGACAGGGGUUCCUCGCUGCCCACUCGCUCCAGCCACAGCCCCCUGAGG